UUCAUGAAGCAGCUUCUCUUUGUUUUUUCUCCUUCUCUCGCGCACACACACACCAGCUUUCUCGCUCUUUUUGUCUGAGCUGACAAGAGCAAACAUUGAGGGAGCUCGAUCGCUCCAACUCCUCCCACGCCAUGCUGCCCUGGAAGAGGAAUAAGUUUGUUUUGGUGGAGGAGGAAGCCAAGAAUAAAACCAACAGCCUAGGGACGGGGUUUACCUACCACUCCAUCCUCUCCUCUCUGCUACGCUCCUGUCCUGACUUGCUGCCCGACUGCCCCUUCAACUGGGUGGGCAGUAUCUUCCACACCAAACGGCAAAAGGUGGAACUGAACAAAGAGGAGCCUGUUUACAAUGUGCGCUAUCUGGGGAGUGUGGUUACCAUUAUGGCAAAGGGAGACGGCUGCACCCAGGACGCAGUUGCCAAAAUCUGGGCUCGGAGCAACUAUGGGGAGCAGAGUGUCAAGAUGAGGUUAACAGUGGGGCCCCAAGGCAUCAGAAUGAGUGUGGACAAAUAUGGGAAAAAGAAACCCCUUCAUCUUUACUCUUUGAACAGAAUCACUUAUUGCACCGCUGACCCAUGCCGGCCCAAGAUCCUGGCCUGGAUCUACAGGCACCAAGUCAAGAACAUGGCAGUGGUGCUUCGGUGCCACGCCGUCCUGCUCAGCAAGCCAGAGAAGGCACAAGCCAUCUCCCACAGUCUCUACCAAAUCGCCACCUCCGCCUUCAGUGAGUUCAAGCGGCUGAAGCGUCAAAGCGAUUUCCGGCACUGCCAGCAGCAGCUGCUGGGCGAGGAGGCGGUGCCCCUGAUGCCACUGAGGAGGCUACUGAACGGGCAGUGCCACUACAGACCACCUGCUGACAACCCCGGCAGUGCCACCCGACUCUGUUCCAUCACCGAGGAAGACGAGGAGGAGGAGAAUUACAUGGACAGCAGAGAUACGAAGGUGGAGGUAGAGGAGCAGCAAGAGAAACAGCGGAUUUUGACUACAAACACAGACCCAACUCAGUUAUUAUCAGAGUUGGACAUUGGAGAUAUUGCCAGAUUGGAGCAGUGCCAAAUCAACUUUGUCAGCGACAGCAACAACAACACGUUUACGUUUAUAACCUCUCUGGUGUGACUAUAACAUCGUUUGAAGAGUGCAAUUCUGUAUCACAAAAGUAAUGUAUUCCUGUCUUUGCCCUGCACUGGUGCCCCCACUCAGGCCGUCCCCUGCUCAGUCCGUGUUCUGUGAAGUGUUUACCAGAAACCUCUUCUACCAGGAGGCAGGGAAAAGGAAGACCAUCCACUCUGUAGGACUAAUUUCUCUUCUGGCCAGAUGCUGGUUUGACUGUGGCAGUUUGUGGGAAACUGUUUACAAAGAGGGCUGAUGAUGCACAGACUGACAAUAGCACAAUGAUGUACGAGGACGGUGGAUUCAGCAAAUAUAAGAGCAUAGCUGGGCUCACUGACACGCAGGUCACAGAAUUGAUCACAGCACCAUGUGUUUAUUAGUCCUCGAUAUCUUAUUUUUGUGAGUAUUAUUAAUACCGUGUUUGCCAGCAGGGACGUUUUUUGGAUUGACUUGUGAUAUUUUUCAGGGAGGCUCUUUGUAAAUUUGUGUAAUUUUUCUAAGAUGACAAUCAUCGAUGGUGUUGUUUGUAGACUGACCUUUUCGAGCGCCAAACCGCGAGAUGAAUUUAUUACGGUUUUACUAAUGAUCAUAGCUGACUAAUGAACAAGGCUAUAAUUUAGGAAGCAAGCCAUUGAAGCGUCGUAUUUAUUGCUGCCAUUCGCUACAGUUAUUAUUAUUAAUGCAUGACAUGUCAGCAUUGACCUUUUCCUGCCAAGCUUUUGUCUUUUGUUCGUCAUGUGACAUAUUUGAUCCUUCUGCUUUUUCAAAAUGAACACUGUGAUUAAUGUGUCUCCAGGGGCAAAGCUAACAUAACAGUUAAACAUCAAAGUUUUCUUUGUAAAAUUCAUAUUAAUUACAGCGUCAAACUGGUUCGACAAAACAAAAUCCGUUUUUCAAAUCCAAGUUUUUUUUCCCACAUGAGCCCUUGCAAAAAUGCACAAGGACCCAUACAAGUUAAAACAAUGUGUCUGAAAUAAGCUAUUAAUAUCUGUGCUAAACUAUCUGGAGUUGCAUUGUUAUUACUAUGAAAUGAUGCUAUUUAUUUUCCAAAUAUGGUGAAUAAAAAUUACUCUCA